AUGGAUCAUGAUUUAGAUAAAGACCAAAGACAUGAUCUUCAUUCGCAUGCUUUGGCGAUUGGAUUAAAACCCAUUUACCAAGGUUCAGACGCCAAUCGUUUGUUGGUUGUACGGAAAUCAGAAGACUCUCUGUCAAUACCACAUUUGAUUCUGACAGAGAAUGGUUACAACGCACUGUCAUCGAUAGAUAAUAUCGCUCUUGACCUUUGCUUCAAUCAGGAAACUACACAACCAAUCAAAUGCGAAUUCAAGGUGUUGCUACCAUCUAUACCACCGAUGUUGAAAACGACGGAAAAGAUGACACGUGCCAGAGAAUGUCUUCCCGUAUAUCAACACCGGGAGGAGAUUAUGCGAAAAAUAAAUGAAAAUCAACUUGUUGUAAUUUCUGGCGAAACAGGAUCGGGUAAAACUACACAGGUGCCACAAUUCAUUCUAGAGUACUGCUAUAAAUGGCAGGAAAAAUGUCGCAUCAUCCUCACACAGCCCCGAAGAAUUGCAGCAACGUCAAUUGCUAAGAGAAUCUCGGAAGAAAAGAAUGAGGCUCACGGUACUACAGUUGGACAUCAAAUUCGGGGCGAUAGCUGCAUUUCGAAAGAUACGAAUUUGGUAUUAACCACAAGCGGUUAUUUAUUACGUUGUAUGACCAGCUCAAAAGAUGCUUGUAAGGAAGUUACUCAUCUGAUUCUAGACGAGGUGCACGAACGAGAACUGAAUACAGAUCUCUUGCUCAUCACCAUUAAAGACGUUAUUAAAGCUGACCCUGAUAUCAAAGUGAUCCUAAUGUCAGCUACGUUGGAUGCCGCCAAAUUCAGUCAUUAUUUUGAUGAUUGCCCGAUUAUUAAUGUGCCUGGUCGUCUAUAUGACGUUGAAAUAUACCACCUAGCCUCAGUACUCAUCAAGACGAAUUUCCCAAUUGGGUUGAAUAAUAAUACACAAUGCAUUGGAUUGUCAACCUCAGCAAAAAACGAACUGGUACUAGAAGCAUACAUGAAGACCAUCGACCCCAAAAAGGAUAUGGAUCAUGCAUUAAUUACCCACGUGAUUGCCCACAUUCAUUCAACAGGCGAGGACGGAAGCAUCUUGGUUUUCCUCGCUGGUUACCAAGAUAUUGUACAACAGGCGGAAAUGUUGAAAAAAAAAUUCCAACGCCAUGGUAUUGUAAACUAUCGCGUCUUUAUUCUACACAGUGAGGUUGGUGGUGGAAGUGAAGUUUUUAAUUCAAUGCCGAGAGGAGUUCGAAAAAUCAUAUUGAGUACAAACAUCGCGGAAACCUCAAUUACCAUUGAUGAUGUGCUUUACGUGAUCGACGUUGGAAAGGUCAAACAAAAAACCUACGAUAAAGUAAAUGAAUCCACCUGCCUGAUGACCAAAACCAUUUCCCAAGACUGUGCGAAACAGCGAGCUGGGCGAGCCGGCCGAACUCGACAUGGUACGCAUGGGUAUUGCUACCGUUUAUAUUCUGAUGCUGAAUAUACCGCAAUGGAGCAGUAUUCCUUACCAGAAAUAUGCCGAAUUUCCCUGACAGAUGUCUGCUUGAAGUCAAAAAUGUUGGAUAGCAAUUUGCCGAUUGAAAGGUUUUUGUUGAAGGCAAUUCAGCCACCAUCAAAAACACAAAUUGAGCACGAUAUCAAUCGGCUUCAAAAUAUCAACGCACUGUGUUCAAACAGAAAUAUUACCACUUUGGGAUACCAGUUAGCGCAUAUGCCAGUGGAUUGUUUUCUUGGCAUAGCAAUUCUUCAUGCCAUCAUCUUUCGCUGCCUUCAACCAGUAUUGGUAAUAGUCAGCGCAUUAUCGCUGAAUGAUCCAUUUUUGUUACCAACAGACAAUUCGGUCUCAAUCGAUAAAAUCAGAAAAGAAUUCGCAGAGAAUUCUUUCAGCGACCAUCAAAUGUUUUAUAAUGUUUGGUUUGGAUGGUCUCAAUCAAGCAACAGACAACAAUUUUGUGCAGAAAAUUCGAUUUGCAAUUUCAAAAUGGAAAUGAUUGUCGGCGUGCAGCAGAUCAUCAAGCGUCACCUGAAGAUGGCCGGAUUCGACGAAGAAAACGCCAAUGAAAACGCAAUGAAUUGGGCUCUAAUCAAAGCUUGCUUGACGGCAGGACUCUACCCGAACGUGUGUCGAAUCGACAAAAAUUUGGUUGUCUCGAAACAGUCCAUUGUAAUACCCCAUCAAUCAUCCACACUAUCGAAACGAGUCAACGGACAACUAGGAACAGAUGAAGCCGUAUUCCAGAUGUCCAAAUGGCUUGUGUAUGGUGAAAAAUGUUGCAUUGGAAACCAUCAGUUUAUUCGGAAUAACACCUUGAUACCGAGUAUGAACCUGAUUCUGUUCACUGGUCAAACUAAUCUACAAUGCGAUGUAAGAAAUAACAUGGAUGAACAGGAACACGCGUUUUGCAGACUGAAUAUUGACAAUUGGGUCAUGUUUACCAUUGACAAGAAAUAUGCUCAACUUAUUGGUGAAUUACGUUCCAAAUUCGUAGCUAUUUUUUCAAAGUUUCUCCAGAAUCCGUGCGAGCAACGAACAACGGACGAAAUGAAAAUAUUGAAUGUUUUGAUAACGAUGGUCGAAGAAGACAGCAUCGAGGCGACCAUAAAAAGCAAAAGAGCUAUGGCACUGAACAUGAAUCUAUGA